AUGAGUUUGGAGAAGGAGACCUCCGUAAUUGUUACGGCCUCGCCAUCGAGUGAGAAUGAGACAACUCCGGUCAGAAGUCCCGUGAACGUUGCACCACCACCACCACCCGAUGGUGGUACUGGGUGGAUUCAGGUCUUUGUCGGACAUCUGGCCUUAUUCAACACGUUUGGCUGGUUCAACAGCUAUGGCAUCUUCCAGGACUACUACACGGAGGAGUUGAAUCUGCCGUUAUCAGCGGUGUCAUGGACCGGUAGCGUGCAGGUCUUCCUCUUAGCUUGCAUCGGCAUGUUCUCGGGUCGUCUCUUCGAUGCCGGUUACUUCCGCUCGUUGAUCUUGAUCGGCUCCUUCUUACAACUGCUCGCUAUAUUCAUGGCGUCCCUUGCUACCGAGUACUGGCAGCUUUUCCUAGCCCAGGGCGUAUGCGGUGGACUCGGCGCCGGUAUUCUUUACUGCCCCAUCAUCGCAUGCGUCUCUACCUAUUUCGCUCGAAAGCGUGCACUCGCUAUCUCUCUUGUUACGAGCGGUGGCGCCACUGGUGGACUCGUCUUUCCUAUCAUCGCGCAACAGCUCCCGGGGAAGAUAGGGUUCCCCUGGACUAUGCGAGUCAUGGGCUUCGUAGUCAUGUUCAACGCGUCUGUAAUGCUAAUAUUUGCCCGCACGCGGCUACCACCGCGACCAAGGGGACCAAUUGUCGAGUGGGCUGCGUUCAAGGAGUUGCCUUAUUCACUCUAUAGCGCCGGUGCUUUCUGCAUCCUAUGGAGUGUAUAUUUAAUCUAUAAUUAUAUAAACCACUAUGGGAGAACAAUAUUACACAUGGAGCCUUCAACUUCGCUUAAUACGCUCUUCAUCGCGAACGCAGUCGGUGUGCCAGGGCGAAUAAUACCAGCGCUCGUCUCUGAUGCGUACUUCGGCCCGUUCCGGACUUUGGUACCGCUUGCUAUCAGUGCGAGCGUUUUGUAUUUCGGCUGGAUUGGCGUGCGAGAUCCGGCCGCUCUCUAUGUCUUUGCUGUUCUGUCCGGUAUCAUCAACGGCGGUGUCCAGACAAUUUCUAUGGCUGGCCUGCCGUCUUUGACUAAAGAUCUAAGCAAAGUAGGUACUCGAUCGGGUAUGAUCAUGACAGUUGGUUCCUUCGCGUGCUUGACGGGGCCGCCGAUUGCCGGAGCGCUGAUAGAUGUUGCGGAUGGGCGAUACUUGUACAUGCAAAUAUGGGCCGGUUGUAUCAUGCUGCUAAGCGCGUUCUUUGUUACGGCUUCGUGGUAUGCGAGCUUGAAGAAGAGUGCGUAG